AUGGCUAGGCUUUUGCUGUUGUUCGCCCUCUGCGUGCUCCCUGCGCUCGUUGGCGCACAUCUCCCCGUCGGCACGCCCUUCCACAUCAUCGGCCGCGUUUACUGUGACACUUGCCAUGCCGGCUUCGAGACCACUGCUACCUAUUACAUUCCCGGUGCAAAGGUGAGACUUGACUGCUUAGACAGGGAAACCUUAGAGCUCAGAUACAGCUCGCACGCAGUGACUGACUCAACCGGAACAUACAACAUCAAGGUUGAAGACGACCAUGAGGACCAGAUCUGCGAGUGCGUGCUGGAGAGCAGUCCGAUCGCCGCCUGCGAAAUGCCCGAUCCGGGACGCAGCCGCGCCAGCGCCUUGCUGACACGCUACAUGAACGGGGUCGUCAACAACAAGCACAUUGUCAACAACAUGGGGUUCUUGUUGGAGAAGCCCUUGGCUGAGUGUGAGCAAGUGCUUAAGCGGUACUUCCCUGAUGAUGAUGAGGAUGAUGAGUAA